CUCGUGGGCUUUCAGUUUUUCGACCUUGAAGACGGCGCCGGCGGCUGACAAGACUUUUUUUUUAUUAUACUAAUGGGUCAAGGAGGCAACAACUCGGCCUCCCAUGCCCCCGAAAUCCUACAGGUAGCGCCCCAGUCUCAUCGACGGGGAGCAUCACCACCACCCCCACCACCACGACGAGCAUGAGCCGAGCCAGGGCCACCCAGACGGCUGCGCGCGCCGUCUCGUUCCUCCCUGGCCCCUCCAACAUCCCCACGGCGCCGCGGGCGCUGCGGACCCGCGAGCUGCCGGCGCCCGCCCUCGGGGCCGCCGAUGCGCUCUUCCUGCCGGACCCGCGGCGCCCGCAGCACCGGCCCGAGCUGCUCUACUCGGUCUCGCGCUUCCUGAACCUGCCGCGCAACACGGCCGUGCCCGAAGUCUGCCUCGUCGGGCGAUCCAACGUCGGCAAGUCGACACUCAUCAACGCCCUCGCCGGUAUGACCUCGGCCCGCGCCGGCAGGGUCACAAAGGCCCUCGCCAAGCAGGCCGACCUGUCAGCCGCGGCGUCGGGCGGCGCCAUCCCGGCCCUGGCCAUCACGAGUUCCUCGGCCGGCUGCACGCAGACGCUCAACGCGUACGGAUUCGGCCCGCCGCCGCCGCGCAGGCCGGACGAGGGCAGCGACGGCGGGGAAGAGCCGGGCAAGGAGGGCGGGCGGUCGCGCGGCGAGCAGCGACGGGACACCAAAACGCGGACGCGGGAGGCCGAGCCCGUCCACCGCCACCAGCUCUACCUCAUGGACACGCCCGGGUACGGGCUCAACUCGCGCGAAGGGUGGGGCGACGAGAUCGUAAAGUACCUGAACCGGCGGCGCAUGCUGCGCGGCGCCGUGCUGCUCAUCGACUCGGUCGCGGGCGUCAAGGACGGCGACCGCCUCGCGCUGUCGCUGCUGCGCCGCGCCGGCGUGCGCGUCGCCGUGGUCCUGACAAAGGGCGACAAGAUCAUGGGCGCCGACGCCAGCGGCGCCAGCGCCGACGCGGCCGCGGGCCUGUGCGUCGACGUCUGGGACGAGCUGCGCGCCGCCGAGCGCCGGCCCGGCCCGGACUGGGCCGAGGGCCAGGACAAGGGCUGGGUCCGCGAGGUGUUCGUCUCGUCCGCAGGCGGGCCGGUCGGGUUGGGCGUCUCGGGCGUGAGGCUGCUCAUCGGCCGCCUGGCGGGCCUGUUGGAGGACGUCCCCGCCGAGGCCCUCCCGAUGUCCGCGAUGACGACGACGGCGGCGGCCUCCAAGAUCGUGUCGUUUGACGACAUCCAGUUCGCCCCAGAACGCAGCAGGCCCGCCGCUGCUGCCGCCGCCGCCCCGCCGGCAGCCUCGCAGCCCGACGACUUUGACAUGUUCGCAGCGACGCUCGCCCGCUCGGCGGCAGCGUCCAGAGGCGGCGGCGCACGGAAAGGCGGUUCGCCGCGACGGCAACAGCAGCCGCAGCUGUUCCUGGGCGAGGAGCCCGAGCAGGACCUGGGCUUCCGGCCGGACGCGACGAUGCGCAGCAGCGGGGCGGCCGGCGUGGGGAAAAACAAGAACCCCUCGCGGGCCCGCAGCUACUGGGACAAGGUGAGGGACAGGCAAAAGGGGAAGAACAACGGGAAGAGCAGCGGGAAGAGCAACGGGAAGAGCAACGGGAAGAAUGCGCCAAAGAAGCGCGGCGGCGCUUCAUCCAAGCCCGCCGCGCCCGCCGACCCGUUCGCGAGUGUCUUUUCCGCGAGGGCCGGCGGCAAGCGCAAGUCUGGGGCGCAGAAUGCCCGACACGCGAGUUUUUAGUACUUAUGCUCUGCCCUACUAGUCGCGGACAAUCAAUGUAUAAACAUGUAACACUGUACAAACACGCCUCGCUGUGGUGAAGUGAGACCGGUUUACUGUAAUGCCAUCUGAGGCAGCCAAAAAAAAAAAACCAAUAUCUCUAUAUGUCUUCUGUGCAAUGUAACCAUCUCCUCGCUCUAUACCUCGCUAGAGUCUAUAACUUGUUUAUGGUUGUUUUUCCAACAGUCGUAUAUAGUAAGCAGUAGGCCGUCCGUCUGCGAGCCUGGCAGCUCCGACUCCUUUAGACCAUGGAAUCGGUCACGUUACCAACCCUCACUUUAUAUACAUCCAUCUCGAUCGUA